GCAGGGAGCCCGGCUUGCCCAGAGCCGAGCAUGGGAGCACCCCGCUGAGAGACUGCACCCGCCGCGCCUCGGGCAUCUCCUCCUCUCUCUUCUCCGCCGCCAGCCCAGGACUCUUGUAACACACUCUGUCACUAUGGCCACCUCAGCAAGUUCCCACCUGAGCAAAGCUAUAAAGAACAUGUACAUGAAGCUGCCCCAGGGCGAGAAAGUGCAAGCUAUGUACAUCUGGAUUGAUGGGACUGGAGAGCACUUGCGCUGUAAAACCCGGACAUUGGACCAUGAACCAAAGAGCAUUGAAGAUCUACCAGAGUGGAACUUUGAUGGGUCUAGUACCUUUCAGUCUGAAGGCUCAAACAGUGAUAUGUACCUACAGCCUGCCGCCAUGUUCCGUGACCCCUUCCGAAAGGACCCCAACAAGCUGGUUCUCUGUGAGGUCUUCAAGUACAACCGCCAGACAGCAGAGACAAAUCUAAGACACACCUGUAAACGGAUUAUGGAUAUGGUAUCCAACCAGCUCCCCUGGUUUGGGAUGGAGCAAGAAUACACUCUCCUGGGGACAGAUGGACAUCCGUUUGGCUGGCCCUCCAAUGGCUUCCCUGGGCCUCAGGGCCCAUAUUACUGUGGAGUUGGGGCAGACAAAGCCUACGGCAGAGACAUUGUGGAAGCCCAUUACCGAGCAUGUCUCUAUGCUGGGGUUAAAAUUGGAGGGACGAACGCGGAGGUGAUGCCAGCACAGUGGGAGUUCCAGGUGGGCCCAUGCGAAGGGAUUGAGAUGGGAGAUCACCUUUGGAUUGCACGCUUCAUCCUCCAUCGGGUGUGUGAAGAUUUUGGGGUGAUUGUGUCCUUUGAUCCCAAGCCCAUCCCUGGGAAUUGGAAUGGAGCUGGUUGUCACACUAACUUCAGCACUAAGUCCAUGAGGGAAGAAGGCGGUCUCAAGUAUAUUGAGGAAGCCAUUGAGAAGCUGGGCAAACGGCACCAGUACCACAUCCGCACUUAUGACCCGAAAGGGGGGCUGGACAAUGCUAGGCGCCUUACAGGCUUCCAUGAAACAUCCAGCAUCCAUGAGUUCUCAGCUGGUGUGGCCAACCGUGGUGCCAGCAUCCGUAUCCCCAGGAGUGUGGGCCAAGUGAAGAAAGGCUAUUUUGAGGACCGCCGACCUUCUGCCAAUUGUGACCCUUAUGCUGUGACAGAGGCACUAGUCCGUACAUGUCUCCUCAAUGAGACUGGGGAUGAGCCUUUUGAGUACAAGAACUAGAUGAACUGCUCCCAACAGACAACACCUUCCCCUAUCCCCAACCUUUAAACUUCCCUCCUAGAUGUAAUUUUGAGGGCAUGAGUUACCAUGUUUGUGUCCGAAUAACUCUUGUUGUCUUGUGGGGGGAAGGAGAGUUUAGUUUUUCAGUGUCUAUUUGUUGUUGAUGCUUCAGAAAACAGGAGGAAGAGAAGGUUAGAGAGAAUUUUAACCACUGUUUCAUCUAAUUCUUCUGUAUGUCUGGCAGGAUCCAGUGGCUUCCAGGGACAGAUGGUGCAAUGGGUGAUGGGAAGAUGGAGGGUUUGCCCAAUAGUUGCAUUCAUAUGUUAUUAACCUGCAUGAUAAGCUCUCCAUAGACCUUGUUCUCAAAAAGUUAGGGUUAUUCAGAAGGGAGUAAGGCAGUUAUGAUGAAUUCCCUUCUCAUUCCUCCCCCCCGGCCAUGUUCUGGACAUUUUAUUGUCCUAGCUAAAUGUGAGAGCUCUUAGCAGAAUUUCUCCCUACUCUGUCACUGGAAGCCAUGGUAUCUGCUCAUAACACAGAGUGAGGUAGUAUUUUUAUAUUUAAAUAUAAAAACAAAAAAAAUUAUAUAUGAAGUUUUUUCCUUUUUUAAAAGGAUAAUAAAAGAUGACGUUCCAAUCACUCUGCCUGCU